AUGGAUCAGCUCAAGCGAAACGGAUUUCAAUUCGACGCGGUGCCUUUUGCCGGGUGGCUGCAGUUGCUGGAGGCGAGUGAAGCCCGACACGAAGAGAAGAUCAACCCAGCCGUGAAGCUGAUCUAUCAUUACCGGAAGUUAUAUGGCCAGGGGGCCGCCGCCGGGCUCGCCAAGACCUUCGCGAUGCAGAAUGCCCGACGCGACAGCGAGACCCUCCGGGAGGGCACCAAAAUGCUGGAAGGCGGUGUCCUCUGCCGCUAUGCCCGGGAUUGGCUGAAACGCUGGGAGAGGCCUAGCUCUGCGCGACCGGGCGAGGCCCCGAGUCUAGCGACCGCCAGCUAA